CUUUCCUUGCCGUUCAUCAAAAAUGUAAACAAACAAUUACCAAAUAUACGAUCAUCGUGCUGCUCAUAUUGAAUUUUGGAAAAAGGCUCUUCAUACGCGCUGUGUCAUGUCAACCGAUAAAAGGAACAGGACUUAAAUACAGGAUCUUUAAACGCUCCAAGCUCCAAUAUUAUUGCUGCAAGCUGCAAAAACACAAAUAAUGAAGCCGGCAGAAUUAUCAGAAAAACAGGACAAAUAUAUGACACCAAACUCUAUCAAGCUAGAGCCUUGCAGUACAAAUGACAUCAAACCCUCGUCUGAAUUGUCUGAAAUAAAAGUAAAAAGUGAGCGUGAGCUAAGUGAUGCAGCAGACAUUCGUCAAGAUGAAGGCUCAAAUUCUCAGCUCCAUAAAUGCCCAACGUGUGGGAAAUACACUGCCCAAGACCUGAUUCAAGUGAAAAACAACUCAAAGGAAGGCAAAAACAGAUUCAUAUUGAAGUGUGAGAGCUGCUUCUCCCUAAGCAAAUGUAGGUUUAUGACAAUCGAGUAUCCGUGGGAAACAGAACUGAUGAAAAAUUGGACCUACAAUUCUACCUUCAGCGAGCCAGAAGUCAGCCUGAUGGAUGUUGUGCCCAUCUUCAACUGCAGCCACAUGUUCGCACCUUCCGAAGAUCCACUGGAAGAAAAUUCUUCCACUGACACUGCUCCAAAUCCUGCAAGUCCUGCACCCAUCAAGGCUGAGAAGAUUGUUCAUCCUGAGGAAACAAAGACUCCAGUUGCUACACACAGAUUGCAAGUUGCACAGAAGAGAAAAGUUGUUGUAAAAAUUGCUUCUGACAAUGAGAGCCAGAAAACGGCGUCACUCGCGAGCCAGCAGAGUAAAAGACUACAAUUGCAGAAUUUGCAGGAUCUAGCUGAGAGAAAUAACUUGACCUUAAAAAAAGGCGGAAAAGACCUUCAACAGGGCAAGGAGUGUAGUCAGACUUUGAAAUGCAGCCAACAGAAGUUAGACAAACAUGUGAAUAAUGAAAAAGACUGCUCUGUGAGUUCAAAUUGCGCCAUUCCGUUGAAAGAGAAGCCUGAUCGUUGUGUGCCUCCAAUACUAAAAUUUCAGAGAAGAGUUCCCCUGUGCACUAAAAGAGCUCAAUCUCCUGCUGCUGCUUGUAUUUUAGAAAGCAUGGAUACAGCUGUAAAAAAUUACCGAAAUCAAUGGUUGGCAGAAAUGCUGGGCCAACUUGAUCCAACUAAGCCACACACACAGUAGAGUACUUAAGGGAUGCCAAACUAAAAUUCCUAAAAUUAUCAUGGAGGAAAAAAAAUAAAAGUCAAGCUUCCUUCUUUUGUUCCUAAAAGGUAGCCUCAGGGUUGAGAGCUAGAGGAAAAUAUUCUUUGAUCAUACCCAAUCAUACCAUAAGCAAAUAAUGUUACGUCUACGUUCAUUCUGUAUGUCUUCUAUUUUGAGUAUAUAUAGGUUUGCUAUGCAAUGAACCAUACCACAAUUA